GUAUUUUUCCACGGAGUUAUAUUCUGUAUCUAUUUAUUUUUCAAAGAUUUCUAAGGCUAGGAAAGAAGCUACCUUAUUGCAGUAUUAUUUCAAUAUAAGUUCAGAAAGAAAUAAACUUUAACAAUGGCGGAUCGUCUCACACAAUUACAAGAUACUAUAAAUCAGCAAGCUGAACAUUUCUGCAACAGUAUUGGUAUACUUCAGCAGUUUUCAACACCAAGUAAAUUCCCCGGUUUCGACCGCAGUGGAUCCCAAACGCCACAGCAACAGCAAAAUCAAGAAGACUAUGCUAUGCUCUUUGCCACGUUAAUUUCUCGAUGUGCAAAAGACAUUGACACACUUAUAGAGUCAUUGCCAAGUGAAGAGAGCUCCACUGAACUUCAAGUGCAAAGUUUGAGGAGAUUAGAAGCGGAAAAUAAAGAGGCAGCAGAACAGUUGGAAGAGGUUGUGCGUCAAGGAGAAAUACUACUGGAGAAGAUACAAGGAGCUCUUAGUGAUAUUGCUCAGUGUCAACUUGAUAUGCAGAACCCAGCAUUAAUCCUCAAUAAAGAUGUGAAACCUCAGUUAUAGGGUUCAUGGAAGUACGGUGGUAACCGUAGACCAUAAAAAGACUGUUUUAGAGAUACUCAAUGAUUGAGACUUCAUUAUUUCAAUGUACAGUGCUAUUAAUUAGACCAAAUUCAAUAAUUGAAAGUGUGGUUUCGUAUAUGGAAUGUUGUAUUCUUUUUUCUGUCUAUUUAAAUUAUUAUUUUAAGAAAAAAAAUCUGUUUUGUAACUAGCCAGUUUGGUAUAGUGCAACAAAUUUAUUUGGCCCAAUGGGCAAAAGUGAAAUAAAAUACCAGCCUUACCUUUUGUUACAUAAUCCAGUUUAUAUGUCUAUGAAGUGUAGUUUUUGACAGUACUAACCAUGAUUACAGCUGUUCUUUCAGAAAAGCAGAUAAGUUUCUAGUACUAAAGAUGUAUAGAUUAAGCAUAUUUCUUAGUGUUUUUAUUGUAGUAAAUAGAGUGAAUUCAAAUGUUAAAGAUUGGCAACACAGUAUUUGGGGAUUUCUAUGAGCGCUGAUGAUAAUUUUAGUGUUCCCGCUAUUUGCCACCUUAUAGAAAAAAUACUAUGUUGUGCAAAUGAGAUCUCCGGAUAUCUAUUUUUUUUUAAGUUUCGUAGAUAAUGUUUCGUUUAGGUCUUGUUAUUGGUGGUUAA